UGACUUAAUACGGGAUUCUUCGUUUUAUUUCAUCUCAAGGUUGCAACGACGGCGAUUGGCGAGGUUGGGUCGUUUGGAUCCGAUCAGUGACAUGAGUGGCCUCCCUAUCCAGUUUUCUUCCGGACUCCUCUCCUCGUUCUUCCUUCAUCGCUCUCCGUCUCUUCAUUUUAAAAUGGCGGUUGCACCCUAUACCUCUGCUUCCGCGCAACGGAUUUCUGCUCCUCCUAGCAGUUGCGGGACCAGGCUAUAUUCGGGAUUGAAACUCCAAUCCGCAAGCCCUUUUGGAGCGGGGAAACCCAACUUGACCGCUGAGUUUUAUGGAAAAGUUCACAAGAGUCUCCAGUGGCGGUCUAAAAACCACAGAGCAACAAGGGCGCAAAUUCAGAUGAUGCCCAUAGGGACCCCUAGAGUUCCCUACAGAACGCCUGGUGAGGGAACCUGGCAGUGGGUUGAUCUGUGGAAUGCCCUUUAUCGUGAACGUGUUAUCUUCAUUGGAGAAGAAAUAGAUGAAGAAUUUAGCAACCAAAUACUGGCAACUAUGCUAUAUCUUGACAGUGUAGAUAAUUCCAAGAAGCUCUAUAUGUACAUUAAUGGUCCUGGUGGGGAUCUUACACCAAGCAUGGCUAUAUAUGACACCAUGCAGAGCUUGCAAAGUCCGGUUGCCACCCAUUGUGUUGGCUAUGCCUAUAAUCUAGCAGCAUUUCUUCUUGCCGCUGGGGAAAAGGGGAACCGCUUUGCAAUGCCUCUUUCAAGAAUUGCUCUUCAGUCUCCGGCAGGAUCUGCCCGGGGUCAGGCUGAUGACAUCCGUAAUGAAGCAAAUGAGCUUCUUAGAAUCAGAGAUUAUCUUUUCAAUGAGUUGGCAAGUAAAACAGGUCAGCCUGUUGAGAAGAUAAGCAAAGACCUGGGCCGGAUGAAACGCUUCAAUGCACAGGAGGCUCUCGAAUAUGGGCUUAUUGAUCGUAUUGUCAGGCCACCUCGCAUCAAGGCUGAUGCGCCCCGCAAGGAUGCAGGAUCUGGCCUCGGAUAGGAAUUUGUGGCUUCCUUAUUACAUUAAUGAGAAUAUUGCUGAAACACGAUGUCUGGAUAUUUUUUCCUUUCGUCAUUUCUGGGAUUUGUAUAAUCUCUUGCAUCAGUUAGGAAUUGCUGCUAGGAGCUAGCAGAUUCUUAAUCAAUGACGUUGAAUUUUUUUUAAAAAAAUUAUUUUGGCCAAACGAUGACAUGUGAAUGAAGGAACAUGAAGUCAUCGGGGAAUCAGGUUUCACGCUCCA